AUGGUAGGCGAUCGUGCACAAGCAGCAACCGCUGGCUGCAAUGUGGACGGCUGCCAGUAUCGCCACCAUCCGCUGUUGCAUGCAGCUACGGCGUUAACCCAACACGCGGAGAAUCACACUCAUCAGUAUCUUGGAUCGAGCGUCCUGUUUCAGAUCGUGCCCGUUACUCUAUAUGGGCAAACUGGUGAGGUGAACACGUAUGCGUUCUUAGAUGAGGGAUCCGAGCUAACCUUGAUGGAGAGCGAAAUCGCGGAGCAACUUGGAGUGGAUGGAACAACCCAGCCACUAUGCCUUCGGUGGACGGGUCACACAUCGAGAAUCGAGGGGAAGUCAAAGGCUGUCACUGGCACCGUCGGUGGGGCUGGUUCGCAGAAACGGUUUAGGAUGUCGAAUGUUUGUACGGUGGCGAAUCUUAAUCUUCCGAGUCAAACGUUUCAAUUAGAAGAAGCAGUAAAACAAUUCGACUACCUCAAGCAGCUGCCUGUACAGAGCUACACGAACGCCGUGCCGAAGCUUCUGAUUGGACUCGAUAAUCUGCACCUGGCGGUUCCUCUCAAGACAAGAGAAGGGACCGGGAACGGACCAAUUGCAGUUAAAACCAGACUUGGGUGGUGCGUUUAUGGGAAGCAACAACCUGGAACAAAGGGUGGAUACAAUUUCCACAUCUGUGAAUGCACGACGAAUAAAGAUCCUCAUGAAGCCAUCAAGCAGUUCUACGACGUGGAAGAAGCUGGAUAA